UUUCAAUCGACAACCCCACGCCGACACGACAACCGUUGCACUCAGAAGGCUCGACAUUAGGUAUGUUUUCAAUCACUCGCACGUUUCGACAGCUCGCCCUCUCGAUGUCUCGAUCGAUUCCACCCUGCGCACCUCGCCGGCCCGACCACACGCGACCCUGCACAGAAAAACACCACAACCUCCGACAAUCUCUGUACAAUGCAUAGUAGCAGGCGGUCACGAGGCGCGUCAGUGGACGAUCAUUGGGGGAGACUGGGCGAGCUCGCUGCGCUGGAACACAAUUUUGGACCGCUGGCUAACUUUCUCGUCAGCACUUCUGAACAACCGCAAUCAUGGGUAUCUCUCGCGACUCCCGUCACAAGCGCUCCGCGUCCGGUGCGAAGCGCGCAUACUACCGCAAGAAGAGGGCUUUCGAGAAGGGUCGCCAGCCUGCCAACACCCGUAUUGGCGCUAAGCGUAUCCAUCUUGUCCGCACCCGCGGCGGAAACCGCAAGUUCCGUGCUCUGCGUCUCGACUCCGGCAACUUCUCGUGGGGCUCUGAGGGCGUCGCUAAGAAGACCCGUGUGAUCGGUGUCGUCUACCACCCUUCCAACAACGAGCUUGUCCGCACCAACACCCUCACCAAGUCCGCCAUCGUUCAGAUCGAUGCCGCUCCCUUCCGACAAUGGUUCGAGGCCCACUACGGCCAGGCCCUUGGCCGAAGGCGCCAGGCCAAGGCCGGCGAGAAGGAGGAGGAGAAGAAGUCAAACAGCGUUCAGAAGAAGCAGGCCGAUCGCUUCAAGGCCUCCGGCAAGGUUGAGAACGCUCUUGAGAAGCAGUUCGAGGCUGGUCGUGUCUUCGCCGCUGUGUCGUCGCGCCCCGGCCAGAGCGGCCGCUGCGACGGCUACAUCCUCGAGGGCGAGGAGCUUGCUUUCUACCAGCGUCUCCUCAGGAAGUAGAGGAUUGUCUUUGGGGAUUAUUCGGUGCAUCGGUCCGGUCAAAAUGGUUUUACGUAUCUGGUCUGCAUAGUGCUCCGAAUGGAUAUGGCAUGAGAUGCCGCUUCUAGAUACCACGAGCUUAUGAAUCAUGGGUUCUUCAAUUCAAGUGACGUGCCAGCUGCCGGCUACGGUGAUCUUCAAUUCUAUCAUCGAGUAUCGCAU